CAUCCUCUUCCGGGUUCACGCCAUUCACUCGCUCAACUCGGUUGAAGAUGAAUCUAGCGAAGGCAUAAUAUUUGUUUGUACAUAACCGCGUUUCCUCGCAGAAAAGGAUAAACUAUACGCGACUCUCUGCAUUGGAAAGCUUGUGUUGAAUAUUCUCGUGUUAGUGACGCCGCUGCGGGUGUAGCUUAUCGUACUCCGCGUGAGCUCAACAUGUCUGCGGAGGAAGCGGACAAACAAACCGCCACCGAUGCUAGCGCUGGAGACGAAGAGGAGGAAUGGCUGUACGGAGAUGAGUCCGAGGGCAAAGAAGAGGACGAGGAAGCCAAACUGAAUGCUGCAGUCAGUGCGCCUGCUGAUGCUUUAACAGAGGAUGCACACGCUACAGGGAACGGAGUAGCCUCUGAGGCGACAGGUGAGGGGGAAGGUGAUGCUGAGGGUGAUGGUGCAGGAGUGGGUGAGGAUGUUGACAGUGACAGCGACAGUGAUGACGACGACGAUGAUGUCCGCGUCACCAUUGGAGACAUCAAAACGGGAGCACCACAGUACACAACUUAUGGAGCUCCACCUGUCAAUCUCAACAUAAAGACAACAGGCUCCAGACCGUAUGGACAAGCCUCCAAGAUGAAGGGAGUGGAUCUGGACGCUCCUGGUAGCAUCAACGGUGUACCAGUGCUGGAGGCGGACGUGGAGUCCUUUGAAGAGAAACCCUGGAGAAAGCCAGGAGCGGAUCUAUCGGACUACUUUAACUAUGGCUUCAAUGAAGACACAUGGAAGGCUUAUUGUGAAAAACAGAAGAGACUGCGCAUGGGCCUGGAGGUCUCUACUAUCGGCUCGGUGACGAGCAAGAUCACUGUUCAGCAAGGCAGGACAGGGAACGACAAGGACAUGUCCAGUUUGCCCAUUCACACGUCAAAGCCAGACUUCACGUCUCCUCUCAACAUGUACAACCCCCCUAUCAGUCAGGUCCCCAGGAUCUCUCCCCCGCAGUGGCCCCCAGGUCCGCCUCCUCCGGACAUGUCCUAUUAUACGAAGACGAGUGGUACUAUAGAUGUGAUCGGUGGAGGAACGGCCACCAUCAGCAGGGUUGAAGGGCGCCGCAGACACAAUCUAGAAGGCAACAAUAUCCAGGUGAUCGCCGAACAAACGGACGCCGAGCCGACUCCAGCUAAAAUUCCCAACUUCUUCCCUCCUGGAUCAAUUCCUCCAAACAUCCCCCCACCUCCGUUCCUCCCUCCUCCACCCAAUGUCAACGCUGCACCCCCGCUCAUCCCCCCACCCAGGUUGCCCAUUACUGUUCCUCCUCCUUGUUUCCCCCCUCCACCUAGCGGCCCCCCUCCCGCUAUCAUCCCCACUAUGGACAGUGGCCACCCUGGAGGGUAUGAUGGGCGCUCUGUCCCUCCCUACCCAUUCCCUCAAGGCGCAUACCCUCCCCCCAUGUCCGGAGGCGUGCCUCCCCCCUGGCCCCCCAUGAUGGACAAUACUAAACCAUGGGACUACUACGCCCGUCGAGACGACAAGCGAGAGAAGGAGAGGGAGAGGCCCAGAGAGAGGACACAUGAGCGGGAGAGAGAGAGGGAGCACAGCCCUUCAGCUAUAAGCUACACAAGCGACGAGGAGCGGUUUCGAUACCGCGAGUACCAGGAGCGUGGUGGCUACGUGGAGCGGCACCGUGAGCGGUCGAGCCGAGAGAAGGAGGAAAGACACAGAGAGAGAAGGCACAGAGAGAAGGAGGAGGGACGCCACAAGUCCUCUCGCAGUAGCAGUAGCAGACGGAGGCACGACAGCGAGGAGACCGACAGCCACCGGAGGCACAAACACAAGAAGAGCAAGAGGAGCAAGGAGGGCAAAGAGCCUAGCGAGGAGAUCAGCGCAGACCAAGAGAACCAGGAGGUCAUGGAGUAGCGAUCACCACCUCCCUUUUUUUGUUUUUUGUUUUUUAUGUCCUCCCCCUUUCUGUCUCUGGGUCCUGUCUGUCCCUCUGUGUCUCCCACCAAGAUGAGAAAGAAAGGAAAGGGGGGGAGGGGGCAUAGACCAACAAGAGCAGAGAGUCGCAGAGUGGUCGAUGCGCCCUGUCACUCCUCUCUCCAUCAAUCACAAUCCUCCUCCAUCCGGCUGCCGUUCAUCCUCACCGUCACCUCAAGCGGGGAACGGAUGCAGCAGAGGAGGUGAUAAAGGAAGGGUGGUCGUCUUGUUUGCACCAUUCGUCUCCCCAUCAUGAGCUGACAGCAGACAAGGCGUCAAUCUCUCUGCCCCCCUCCCCCCUCUCUCGUUUCUCCCCCACCCUCCUCUCAGAGCACUGUUGUAACGAUUAGGUCAUGCUCAGAUUUCACUGUAUAGUCCCAAUGAUCAGCAGAUUUAGCUCUUUUUUUCUGUCAUUUGUCGUUUUGUCCUGUAUGAAGACAUCUAUAGUCGGUUUGAGUUGAAUUAAAAAAAAAAAACACUUUUGA